AUGAAAUGCUUCAUAGGCAUCGUUCUUUCUGCUCUAUUACUUAGUCAAUUUCAAGUGCAAAUUGAUGGCGGUCCAGCUGCUGGUGCCACAUGUUGUGCCGGUUGCUGCGCAACAGCUAUGGCCGUUCCAUUUCUUGGUGCUGCGGGAUUUGGUGCCUGCCUGCCAACAUGUAUUGCAACAUUGGGUGGAUUUCCACCACACUGUGUGUUUUGUGCAGCAAUGUUUCUGGCACCAACACCAUGA